CCCACAUUUCGCACCGUGUGCGCGCGUCAAUGUAUCGUUAAAUCCGUGCGAGCGCGGAUCUGCGCGAAUCGAGAGAUGCGGACGGAGACGCACAUACGUUCGCGGAUUCGUACACGUAUGUACCCACAUUAUAUACACGUAUAUAAAUACAAGGGCAUGUGUAUCCGCUACUUUACGCAUCACUCACGUCUCUCGCUCCGUCGCCAAUGUCGCCAUGCACGCUCACGUCAGUGUCGCGAAAAAGUGUCCGUUGCCGUCUUCGACGUCUGCUACGAGACGAUAACAAUCGGGAAUACGGAGAUCAAUGAGAAAGAACUGGGUGAAAGCCACCGCAGAUUGUCGCAACGUUAUUUCUGGACGACGCAUUAAAUGAUGUAUACUGACGCGGAAUCUCCAAGUAACACAUCAGAUUCACCACCCUCGGUGAGUCCGCUCUCUUCGUCUAUCGUCUUGCAACGCGAAGGAACCACCGUGAAUCAGCCACUGAGCGCACCCGCGUCGCCCCUGUCUUCCUUGUCGUCGCCCUUGGCUCAGUUAAAUCUAUCAUCGCCCGGAGAUUGCACCCAAGAUCCCAACUGGCAGGCAACGAAACCUACCGUCCGAGAACGAAACGCGGCUAUGUUUAAUAAUCAUCUUAUGGCCGACAUUAUAUUUAUCGUCGGCAGCCCAGGUCACACGCAAACGAUACCAGCGCACAAAUAUGUUCUCGCCACUGGCAGUUCUGUAUUUUAUGCCAUGUUCUACGGAGGGUUGCCAGAAAAUAAAAGAGACAUAGAAGUGCCUGACGUCGAGCCAGCCGCCUUCCUUGCGUUACUGAGGUACAUGUAUUGCGACGAGGUGCAACUAGAAGCAGAUACAGUUCUGGCGACGUUGUACGUCGCGAAAAAGUACAUAGUCCCACACUUGGCACGGGCGUGCGUCAAUUAUCUGGAAACGAGUCUGACGGCGAAGAACGCGUGCCUGCUUCUAAGUCAAUCUCGCUUGUUCGAAGAACCGAAUCUCAUGCAACGUUGCUGGGAGGUGAUUGAUGCACAAGCAGAAAUGGCCCUAAGAUCUGACGGUUUUGUGGAUAUUGAUAUUCAUACACUCGAAUCGGUCUUGUCUCGAGAGACAUUAAACUGCAAAGAAAUUCACAUAUGGGAUGCUGCCUUACGAUGGUCUUCUGCGGAAUGCAUACGGCAAGAUGUCGAGCCUAUUCCCACCAAUCAGAGGCAAUUGUUAGGAUCUGCCUUGUAUUUAAUUAGACUACCCGUUUUGAAUCUCGAAGAGUUCGCAAACAGUGCGGCACAGACAGGAAUCCUAACGCAUCAGGAAACAAUCGACUUGUUUUUGCACUUUACGGCCAGUAAUAAACCACAACUUUGUUUUCCUACCAAGCAACGCCAAGGACUGAAAACUCAGGUUUGCCAUAGAUUCCAAUCCUGUGCGUACAGGUCAAAUCAGUGGCGAUACAGAGGUCGUUGCGACUCGAUUCAAUUCAGUGUUGAUAAGAGAAUAUUUGUGGUGGGUUUUGGACUGUAUGGAAGCUCAUCUGGUGCUGCCGAUUACAACGUCAAGAUAGAACUUAAGAGACUCGGAAAUGUUCUGGCGGAGAAUAACACCAAGUUCUUCUCCGACGGUUCGAGUAACACGUUUCACGUAUAUUUUGAGAACCCGAUACAAAUCGAGCCGGAAUGCUCGUACACGGCAAGUGCAAUAUUGGACGGUGGAGAACUGAGUUUUUUCGGUCAGGAAGGCAUGUCGGAAGCGACAGUCGGCAGUGUGAACUUUCAGUUUCAGUGCAGUUCCGAGAGCACCAACGGCACCGGUGUCCAAGGGGGACAAAUCCCCGAAUUAAUUUUCUACGGGCCACCAUCCGACGAUUGACGGAAGAUCGCAAUCGAGCUUAAUUGCUAAUGGUUUGCAAUAUAAAAAAAAAAGACAGAUUUAGAUGACGACAUUCGUCAUUCGGCCAAGGAGGGGCCGGGGAGGAAGGCGUAAAGUUCUCAGACACGUGGGAAAGGAACGCGUGCGAAUUUCACAAGUAUUCCGAUUUAUCAGUAUUUCAGAGAAUUCAGAUUCUCAGAUAUGAAUAUUUAAAUUUCAAAUCGAAAUAGCUCUCAAAUACUCAGUAUUCGGGAAUAUAUUCAAAUUCCCCAAAUAAAAAAAAAAUACCUUUUGGGAAAAUCCAAAGAAUGAUACAAUUAAUAGGGAUAAGAGUAGAACAAGAAUGUUGCGUCUAAUAUUUUCAGAUACGCAACUGUAUCUAUUAUCGAUUCUGCUUGCGGAAAACUAUUUUUUCUAAUGUAAAUACAGUUAAUUUAAUACUGUUGCGGAUGUUUCAGCGAAAUUAUCCCUCUCCUAAGAUGGAAAUAUUGAUUAAACCUUAUUUCAGACGUGUCUGUUUAUUAAUUAACGAGAUGAAAUUAUGUUUAUUUAAAUUUUAGAUUAUGCACCAAGAACUAUUUAUUCUACUGUUAUCAAUUAAUUUUCUUAAUGAAUAUACGAUUGAAACAGAAUGUUAUAAAUAAAAAAAUUUAUUUCAAUUCCGAAAGAACGAUAUCAAACUUUAAUGUGUGCAAUUUACUGAUGCGAUUCGUUCGAAAAUCAUAUUUUCGUAGAAGACAAAAAGAUGUACAGUAUAUCAUGCAAUCUGAAAGUAACAAGUGAUGUAUAUUUAAAAUUACAUCUUCGUUAUUUAGACAGUUGUUUUCAAGACUUUUGACGUUUUAAUAUCUGCCAUUAUCGUUAUUGUCCGUAUUUAUACAAAUAAUUAUUUAGUUGACGUGACACUUUCAAAAAUUUUCAAAGUAUCUUUACCAUUAUCACUACUACCAUUUCGUUCGUAAACUUGUGUAAAUAACUUUGGAAAAGAGCAUAUCUAUUUUUCUAUGCACAACUAAUAAAUAUGCAGCAUUUUGCUCGAUUUGCGCGAAUGAAUUUGAUUUUUGUCUUGUGUCGAGUAAAAGAAAAUGGUUAUUAAAAAAACAAAACUGUAAAUACAGGUAUCUAGGAUACUAAUAGAGUAUAAGGAGAAGAGAUCUGUCAGAGAGCGCGUAAUAUAAUCGCUUCGACUAAAUACUUGAAAUGUACUCACCCUAAUGUAAAGAGUAUUAUUUAAUUUGAAGUAAUCUCUCUCUAUAUACAUGUGAAAAGUAUAAAUAAAUACUAUGGCGAUGCGCAUGUAAUUAUGAAGUUGUGAGUAUCGUUAAACAACGUUACGUGAAAAUAUGUUCAAGUGUAA